AUGGAGCUCGACAUCGACUCCUUCCUCAAACUGCACUCCAUCUCCGACUCCGACGACGAUGAACUCAAUCCACUCCCUCACCGGUCGCUCGAUGAAAUCCUCAACGACUCCGAUUCCUCCAAGUCUCCUUCCCCUCCUUCAUCCCCUACCUCUCUCUCUUCUCGUCUGCAUCGCCCACCAGAUAGAUUCGGCUCUGGUGACCUGGCGGAGCCAUCGCAAUCCUUAAAUCGUGCUCGAUCUCUCGGCCCGGCUUACAAAUCCGAGCAAUUCAAGUCGAAUUCCUCUGCUCAGGUUAAGGCUAGCUUGUUGGCUGGUGAUCGAACAUGGAAAGUUCCUUCUACUUCUACUUCUUCUUCUACGCGGCCGCUGCCUUCCCUGUUUGCCGGGGUGAGAUCCAACGUCAAGCCGGGUGCAGCUCUGGCGGCAGCUGCAGCUGCUUCUCGGUCUCUCCGCACGCCUCACGCUGCUGCGAUCAAGUCCAGGAGGGCCGUCAGUGGGACUGGGGCGCUUCUGAAGGUUCUGGAUAGUGAAGGAAUUGGUUCUGGCGAUGGUGAUCGGGAGAUUGCGCCAACUUCAUCGAAUGCAGACCCGAAUGAAGUUGGUGGUGAAUUGACAGAGUCAGCUCGCAAAUUCGCCGACUACGGGAAGAAAAUUGCUGAUCCUCAGUCUGCCCUAGAUGGAGGAGGCUCAGAGAAGGAUGAAAAGCUCGUGGAAAAUGAAGUGAAGCACGAAUUUUAUAAUGAUGAACUUAGUGUCCUCGCUGACAGUAUGCUAACUACCGUUAGCCAAGGUAUGGAUGAUGUCGUGACAGUUCCAAGUUCCAGUGGAAGUAAAGAAGAUGGAGAAGAAACAUCUGUGUUGGCUGAUGAUGAUUCUACGUUACUACUGGGGGAUGAUUCCACUGAAAGGGCUUAUAAUGGUAAGGAUACAGUGACUGAGGAGGAUUCUGCAUUGGCUUCAUUGGAAGAAGUAGAGGGUGUUCAGAACGGGUUGUCUGCCUUAACAAGCGAAGGGGAGAGUAUUGUUGAUUCUGGAGAUAUUUUUGGUCUAAAUAAUGAAUUUCUUGAGCUUGUAGACGAGAAAAAAGGACAGCUAGAAAGUGAGAGAAUCCAUAAAGGAGAAGAUAAGCUGGAGGCUGUCCUGAAGCCUCUUGAUUUGGCAGAAGAACUUGAGAAGAAACAGGCUUCUACUGGCUUGCACUUGGAAGAGGGUGCUGCUGCUCAGCCAAUGAGGCUUGAGGGUGUUCGAAGAGGUUCGGUUGCUUUAGGAUAUUUUGAUAAUGAUGCCAAUAAUAUUAUCUCAAGAACAAUAGCAUCUCAGGCAUUUAAACGAGAUCAUGGUUCCCCACAAGUCCUAUGUGUUCAUCUAAACUACAUCGCAGUGGGCAUGUCAAAAGGGCUCAUUUUUGUUGUUCCUAGUAGAUAUUCUGCUCAUACUGUUGACAGUAUGGAUACAAAGAUGCUGAUGCUAGGUUUGCUAGGGGAUCGAUCUCAUGCCCCUGUCACUUCCAUCUGCUUCAAUCAGCAAGGUGAUCUGCUUUUGGCUGGUUAUGGAGAUGGCCAUGUUACUGUCUGGGAUCUACAGAAGGCAUCUGCAGCUAAAGUUAUUAAUGGCGAGCAUAAUGCACCUGUAGUUCAUGCAUUCUUUCUUGGUCACGACUCUCCAGUCAGUCGACAAUUUAAAGCUGUGACCGGUGAUAGCAAAGGUGUGGUUCUGUUGCAUUCGUUCUCAGUGGUUCCUUUGCUAAACCGAUUCAACGUUAAGACUCAGUGUCUUCUUGAUGGACAAAAAACGGGCAUUGUUUUAUCAGCUUCACCACUUCUUUUUGAAGAAUUCUAUGGAGCUGCUGUACCAUCUUCACCAGGUAAUGGUUCUAUAUCAUCCUCCAGCAUUGGAAGCAUGAUGGGAGGCGUAGUUGGAGGAGCGGGAGGUGUAAAACUAUUCAAUGAAGGGUAUCCUCCGCCGGUUGAAGAAGGUGUGGUCAUAUUCGCCACUCAUAAAACUGCUUUGGUGAUUAGGCUUACUCCUACGCUGGAAGUAUAUGCCGAACUCUCCAGGCCGGAUGGUGUCAGGGAGGGUUCAAUGCCUUAUACAGCUUGGAAAUCUACAGUGCAAAGUCGUAGUUCAUUUACUGAAAAUUUUGCUACAGAUGCAGCGGAUAGAGUGUCGUUGCUGGCACUUGCCUGGGAUCGAAAAGUUCAAGUUGCAAAAUUGGUCAAAUCCAAGUUAGAAGUAUAUGGAAGCUGGUACUUGGAUAGUGCAGCCAUAGGGGUCGCUUGGUUGGAUUCUCAUAUGCUUGUAGUUCUCACUAUCACCAGACAACUUUAUUUAUUCACUAAUGAUGGCACCCUGAUUCACCAGACUGGUUUCACUGUUGAUGGUUCUAGAGGAGAUGACAUUGUUGCUUAUCAUGCCCACUUUAUGAAUGUCUAUGGAAAUCCUGAGAAAGCAUUCCACAAUUGCAUUGCUAUUAGGGGGGCUUCAAUAUACAUUCUUGGAACCACACAUCUUGUUACUUCCCGCCUUCUUCCUUGGAAGGAGCGUAUACAGGUUUUGCGUGGAGCAGGAGAUUGGAUGGGUGCCUUGAAUAUGGCAAUGACGCUUUAUGAUGGGAAAGCUCAUGGUGUUAUUGACCUUCCUAGAACUCGUGAUGCUGUUCAAGAAGCCAUAAUGCCUUAUCUGGUGGAGUUGCUUUUAGCCUAUGUUGAUGAAGUAUUUUCUUAUAUCUCGGUGGCUUUUUGUAACCAAAUUGAAAAAGUGGAGCGGGAAGAUGAUUCUAAGAUUGAAAGUAGUUCUGUGCAUUCUGAAAUAAAAGAGCAGUUCACCCGUGUUGGUGGUGUUGCUGUGGAGUUUUGUGUUCACAUUCGGCGAACUGACAUACUUUUUGAUGAAAUUCACUCCAAGUUUAGAGCUGCCAACCAAAGAGAUACCUUCUUGGAAUUGUUAGAGCCAUACAUUUUGAGAGACAUGCUUGGUUCUUUACCACCAGAGAUCAUGCAAGCACUGGUUGAACAUUAUAGCAGCAAUGGGUGGUUGCAGCGUGUUGAACAAUGUGUUCUUCAUAUGGAUAUCUCUUCCUUGGAUUUUAAUCAGGUGGUCAGGCUUUGCCGUGAGCAUGGGCUGUAUGGUGCCCUCAUUUAUCUUUUCAAUAGAGGAUUGGAUGAUUUCAAGGCUCCUUUGGAGGAAUUGUUGGUUGUUACCAGAAAUAGUAAAGGGAAGGAUGCUACUGCUCUUGGGUACAGAUUACUGGUGUAUCUAAAGUAUUGCUUUUCAGGUCUUGCCUUUCCUCCAGGACACGGUGCCCUUCCUCCUGAGCGUCUGCCUUCACUUAGAGUGGAGCUAGUGAAGUUCUUAAUGGAGGCUUCUGAAGCUGGAAAUUCGCGGACUACCUCAAGCUUGUCAUCAGAAGGAAGCUAUCUCAAUAUUUAUCAUCUUUUGGAAUUGGACACAGAAGCUACUCUGGAUGUUCUAAGAUGUGCUUUUGUGGAUGAUGAAAAUGCAAAGCCUGAUGGUUCUUCAGAUAAUUCCGAUGCACAAAAGGAGCGCUCACAUGAACAAGAUGCGGUAAAUGAAACUCAGAAUCUAUUAGUUCAGAGCACAAUUGAUGCUCUAGCAGAAAUUAUUGGAAAAGAGAUAUCAAAAGCAGAUAGUUCUCCUAAGAAUGGUGACAAUGGAUCUGCAGAGAUAUGGCCUUCAAAGAGAGACUUGGGGCAUUUGUUUGAAUUCAUUGUUCCGUAUGUCAUGAGUGCAAAAGCCCGAGUUUCAAAGAGGCUAUUGACUAAGAUCUUAGAGUACCUGACGUCGCAGAAUGAAGUUUCAGUUGGUAUUUCCUCACAUACAUCUGAAAUUUCAAGGGAGAGAGAGAAGCAAGUGCUUGCCCUUUUAGAAGUAGUGCCUGACACUGAUUGGACUUCCUCUUAUGUAUUAACACUGUGUGAGAACGCAUGUUUCCAUCAGGUUUGUGGCUUAAUUCACACCAUGAGGCGUCACUAUCUUGCUGCUUUGGACAGCUAUAUGAAAGAAGUGGGCGAACCGAUUCACACAUUCCUUUAUAUUAACAACAUGUUGGAACAGUUGAGCAAUAUAGAACGGAAUGAUUUUCGAUCUGCCAUAUUGUCUCGAAUACCUGAGUUGCUUUCCUUGAGCAGAGAAGGAACUUUCUUGUUGGUUGUCAGCCAUUUAAACAAGGAAAUGCCACAAGUUGUCUCUGGAUUGCAGUCCAAUCCAGAAAGCCUUUUUCUGUACUUGAAGACAGUGAUUGAGGUUCAUUUGUCUGGGACUCUAGAUUUCACGCAUUUAUUAAAAGAUGCUCAUGUAGCUGAUUUUAACGGACGAAAGGCGAAAGCUUGGCCGAAAGAACUUGAAGCUUAUUUGGAAAGAAUAUCCGAAUUUCCUAAACUCAUGCGUAACAAACCUGUACCUAUCACUGAUGAUAUGAUCGAGCUUUAUGUCGAGUUAUUGUGUCGGUAUGAGCGCAACUCAGUUCUCAAAUUCUUGGAGACUUUUGACAGCUACCGUGUAGAACACUGUUUACGCCUUUGCCAGGAGCAUGGUAUAAUAGAUGCUGCUGCUUUUUUGUUGGAGAGAGUAGGUGAUGUUGGGUCUGCUCUUUUACUUACGCUUUCUGGGCUCAGUGACAAAUUUGCUGAACUUGAUCAACAAGUGGCAAUGCUUGUGAAGAAUUCUCGAAGUGGUAUUCAGCAGUGCAAUGCAAUUCUAAAGACAAAACAGGUGGAUGAUAUUCGGUGCAUAUUGCAGGCUUGUGUUGGACUCUGUCAGCGGAACACCCCUCGGUUGCAGCCUGAACAGUCAGAGUUGCUCUGGUUCAAACUACUUGAUUCGUUCUGUGCACCCUUGAUAGAGCCAAGCAGAGAUAAAACUAUUUUGAAAGAAGAAAACCGUGGAAUGAUGGCAGAUACCUUAGGCAUGCCAGAAGAUGAUGAGUCGAGCACGAUCAAGUGGAAAGUCGGAAAGUCUCUUAAAGGUGCUCGUAUUUUGCGCAAAUUGUUCUCUCUAUUCAUCAAAGAGAUUGUUGAGGGUAUGAUAGGGUACAUCCCCCUUCCAACCAUCAUGUCGAAGCUUCUUACCGAUAACAGUGGUCAUGAAUUUGGGGAUUUCAAACUUACAAUCCUGGGGAUGCUUGGCACUUAUGGCUUUGAAAGAAGAAUUCUGGACACUGCCAAAACCCUGAUAGAGGAUGACACGUUCUAUACCAUGAAUAUUCUAAAGAGGGGCGCAUCUCAUGGGUAUGCCCCUCAAAGCCUUGUGUGCUGUAUAUGCAGUUGCCCUCUCUCGAAGAAUAGUUCUAAUUUUCGUGUCCGAGUUUUCAACUGUGGUCACACAACCCAUCUAGAAUGUGAAAUUCUUGAAAGUGAGUCUUCAAGCAAGGCAGCUUUAACUGGAUGCCCCAUCUGUAUGGCCAAAACAAAUACUCAGCAGCCUAGAAACAAAUCAGGCCUCUCGGGUAAUGGUUUGGUUAAUACGAUGUCAAGACCCAGGAGGUCACAAGGAAGCGUAGGCAUGUUACUUCCACACGAAGACUCAAUGGAGAAUUCUUAUGGACUUCAGCAAAUGUCACGGUUUGAGAUCCUGAGCAAUCUUGGGAAAGAUCAGAAGCUGGCUUACGUAGAGACCAUGCCCCAGCUGCGGCUGGCACCACCGGCUGUUUAUCACGAGAGAGCACAGAAAGCCCCCGAGCUUUUGACUGGAGCAAACAGGAGCGGUGCGACGAAAUUUGAGAAGCCAAGCAGGCAACUGAAGGAUCUAAAAGUGAAAGGGCCAUCCCUUCGUUUCCCAUUAAAAACAAGCAUAUUUGGUGAGCUUCAUACGGCUGGCUAUUUUCUCGUGUAG